GUCUACUGCUAGGUGAAGAAGAAAUCUUGAAUAUCAAAGUCCACGGCAAAAUGGCCUACUAUGAUAUCGAUGCUAUCCUAACCGAUGCGCAGAAACUGCCCUGCACAUUUGAGCUCGACGUGCCGGGUCUUGGCAUUCUAGAAGGCAAUCCGGGAGAGAAUAUCAAAGCUGGGACUCGCAUUGACCUGCCACUUUGGUUGGGGGAGAUGCUGUCCAUCGGUGCACGGCUGGGUACCUCGCGACUGGUGACGCUGGAUCUCCCAUUUGCAUUGUCGGAUCGUGUCCUGAACGCAUUGAAGGCCGAUCCGCGGACGGUGGAUUUGCGCUCGCUGGCACCCCAUUUCUACAGUCUGAGCGAACGGGUGCUGGAGCUGUUUGAGGAAGAGGAGAUGGUGGAUGUUCUGAGUAAUACAUUCAAGAAGCGCGCAGCGCAGAUCGCCGACCAUGCGCACAAUCCGCAGGGCGCGUUGGGCCAAGGGGCGGAUUUCCUGCGUGGUCUGGACGAGACGGAACGACAGUUGUUCCGAGCUACGCAUGACAGUGCCAAGGAGACCCGGGUCUGGGCUGGGGAGUCGAAGAAGAAAUGAGUGAACGGGUUUGUGAAGAUACACUAAAGAAGGCUGAGCUGGCUCGCCAACAUAUUAGAAGCGAGUGUUUUUCUGUUUGUUGUUUUUUCGAGCAAUGUGAUAC